CGAUAGUAGGUUUAUUGAAUUCUCGUGAAAAAUGAAUGAAACUUCUGGAAUAAAUAAAUUCACUUGUAACAGUAAAUGGGAAUCUCUAAGUGAGUACGAAAGAAAGCGCUAUUCAAAUAUAGUUAAAAACUGGGAAGUUCUAAAAUCUUUAGGAGUUGCUACGAAACUUCCUGAAUUUCUGGAGCCCGAAAAAGAAUGUUCUUCAAAAGCAAAAAAGAUUCCGAGAAACAACAAAAGUAUUUCAAGAAGUCAGCAACAUGUCAAAGGGAUCGAGAAAACGAAUUUCAAGUUAUUUGCUGUAUCUGAAUCACAAAAAAGAAAAGAAAAAUAUGGUCAAAAAAAGACUAAUCAGAAUAGCGGGAAAAAGUUGAGAUUGAAGGAAAAUACGGAACAAGAAGUAAAAAUUAAUCCAAGAAAAAUGGGUUUUAAGAAAUUUGCAAAGAUUUUAUUGGAGAAAGCUCAGCGCCAUUUUAAUGAUUUGGAGCCAUUGUUACCUGAAGAAGAUCAGGCCUUUGAAAAUGAAAUAGAUAAAAAGCUUGAAACUCAUAGUCGAUAUCCUAAAAGGAAUAUGAAAAAAAAGUCUUACAGAGAAGAAGAUGUUUCGAGUGAAGACGAGUUCCUGUAUUGUGACUUCUGUGAUUGUGACUAUAAGGGUGCUUGUCCGAAACACGGCCCUAUGCUUUUGGUAUGUGAUAGAAGAGUUCCCAAAAAUACACCAGAUCGAGCUGAGCUGACAAUUCCAAGUUUUCUCUCUAUUGGAAUAUCGAGCAUUCCCAAAGCAGGAUUUGGAAUAUGGACUGAAAUACCAUUGCCGAUUGGCACAGUUUUUGGACCUUACAAAGGGAAAAUUAUAAAAACACAGAAAGAGGCUGAAAAAUCUGGUUAUUCUUGGAUGAUAUGGAAGGGAGGAAAAGUGGAUCAUUUUAUUGAGGGAUUCAAAAAGGAUAUUUCCAAUUGGCUGAGAUUCGUGAAUUGUGCUGAUAAAGAAGAGAAACAAAAUUUAGUGGCAAUCCAGUACAAGAAGCAAAUCUAUUACAAGACUUACAGAGAAGUGUUACCAUUUCAAGAGCUUCUGGUGUGGUAUGGAGGAAAAUAUGCUUCCGAUCUUGGAAUAAACUUAAAAAGGGAGACUGAAACCAACCAACCAAGUGUAAAAGGUGUGGCAUGCAAUGUCUGCAGUUCAUUGUUCACAUCCGUGGAUGCCAUGGAGCGACACAGGAGGAAACAUCCUCAUCAGGGUCACGAUCGAAGGCAUCGAUGUCCCCACUGUGUCUACUCCACCAACCUGUCAUGUAAUCUCCGACGUCACCUCGCUACUCACACGGGUGAGAGGAGACACGGAUGUCCCCACUGCCACAAGACAUUCACUGAAAAAGGAAGUCUCAAGGCUCACCUGAGGAUCCACAGUGGAGAGAGACCCUUCUCUUGUGGAGUGUGCGGAAGAGACUUCACUCAAAAAGGACACUUGGAGGUACACGAGAGAAGUCACAGCGGCAUCAGACCUUACCGAUGUUCCACCUGCGGAAGAGAUUUCACCCAUUCUUCCCAUCUUCAAGCACACAUAAGAAUUCACACCCUGCAGAGACCCUACAAGUGCUCCACCUGCCAAUACAGGGCCAACACAUCUACUCAUCUUAAUAGUCACGUUAUUCUGAAACACACAAAACAGUUCCCCCAUAAGUGUCACCUGUGUGAAAGAGGUUUUGUUCAACCGAGUCAUCUUAAACGACACAAAGACAGCACUCAUCCUCAAGACAAAUAAAUAAAUCAAGAAUUGCGCACGAUGUCAAUUUACCAUCAUGAAGAAUGAGAGAUAGAAAUUAUCUUCGUUUGUGGUUUUCAGCUUUUAUUGUAACUCUUAGUUGAUGUUUUUUAAAACAGCAGUUGGAACAUGUGUAGCGUAUUUAAUAUCCGUAUACAUAUAUAAUGAUAUAUUAUCAUGCAUUUUCUUUAAUUCUGCAUAAAUCAGAAAAAUUGCUUAGAGCAAAGACCUUUCAUUAUUAAGUUUGUGAAGGAUAUUUCAUAACAGCAUACUUAACUGACUAUUACGCAUUUUUACUUUAAGGAUGUGUUUCUAGAAAGAGGGUCAUGACCCGCACGGAAAAUGGAGACAAAUUGGGUAGGGAUCGCGAAAUUAAAUUCCUGUAUACAUAUACAGUCCCUGGCCAAAUUAUUAGACGCACUAUGAGAUCCUAUAAAAAAUCUUAAUUACCAGGUGACAUUUUGCAGCUUUAUUGCUGCUAUUUGACUGAAACCAGUUUGCACUUUUUAACGUUAGUGUAUCAAUUGGUUAUAUUAGACGAUAUAUACUAUAAAU